CACUUCCGCUCUAGGUGGUCUCAUCCACAGCUCGGCUAUCCCCUAGGUGGCCCCGCUCCAUUGCUCGGCACUUGCCAUCCGCGCAUGCGUAGGCUGAGCGAUGGCUUUAAUUGGCCUGAUUGAGGGCGCGCCAAGCCCUUGGGGGCCAGCUGGUCUCGCGUUGAGGGUAUCUCGGGCACCACAUUUCUUAGCUAGGCGCCUCUGGGGCAAAGGGCCAGCCGGGCCCGGGGCUGGCGAUCGCUGCUCUUUUCUUUCCUCCGCUGGCCCGAUGGAAGAGCCUCCCGGAAAGCCCCUCAGCUGUGAGGAGAAGGAAAAGUUGAAGGAAAAACUAGCAUUCUUGAAAAGGGAAUACAGCAAGACACUAGCCCGCCUUCAGCGUGCCCAGAGAGCUGAGAAGGUUAAGAAUUCUGUUAAGAAAACAGUAGAAGAACAAAAUUGCUUGCUCCAGCAGGAAAUUUCACCACGGUUAAACCACUCAGAACCUAAAAGUAAAGUAUCUCCUUGUGACAAAUUACAAAUCAGCACUCAUCUUGAUGAAGAAACUGGAGAAAAGACGUGUAUCACUCUUGAUAUUGAGCCUGAGUCCUUUAACCUUGGAGAUGGCCCAGUGGAAGAAUCACAUCUACAAAGAACAGAUGGUGUCCAAGAACAUUUUCUCUACAGGGACAAUGACCCCAAUGGUGAGAAAAAGCAGAGUAGGCUGCCAGGGAGACAAAAGCAGCAGCAGAAAAGAACAUUUAUUCCUCAGGAGAGGGAGUCUUUCUUUGACUCUGAUUCACUUAUACUCUCUGGAAAAAGACUAAAGGGACAGGAACAAAUCAACAGGGAAAAGCCUAAAACUCCAGUAUUUGAAAUAAGAACUCACCUUUCUAGUUCUAAGCAUGAAAUACCAGAUUCUCCAGCAUUAGUUACGGAAACUAAUGGAAAGAAUCUAUUAAUUCCACCAACUGCCAAGCCAGAAAGAGAUUUUGACCGACUCUUAAGAGGAAAUAAUUUCCCCAGGGUGACUACAGUUCAUUUGCAUACUCCCUCAGAUACUAGUAGGGGCCAGCAACUUGAACACAUGCCUCCAAAAGCUAACUGUGAGCUUACUAACAUUAGCACUUCUUCACCCGUAAACUUAGAGGCCCGAGGUAAAAAAAUGACUGUCUUUGCAAAUAACCCCGUGAUAAAUAAAAAUACAAGUGCAAGUGACCAGCUGCUUGGAAGCCCUAACUUAGUAGCAGAGAAUUCAUGUUUUAUAAGUGAGCUCACUUCCAAUAACUCAAGUGAAAACCAGAACUUAAAAGAACAGAAUCACACUAAGAAGUCUUUAAAAUCUCCCAGUAAUACUCCUGAUGAUAAAAAUGAAAGUCUUCUGGAGAAUGAGGUUCUACAUCAAUCUAAGAGUUUUAGCCUAGAAUCAGUCUCUCCUGUUGCUAAAGAAAAUCAAACACAUUCUUGCACAAUGCUUGAAGGUCUUCUGUUUCCUGCAGAAUAUUAUGUUAGAACAACACGAAGUAUGUCAAAUCGCCAGAGGAAUGUAGCCCUGGAAGCUGUAAUUCAAAGUCAUUUGAAUGUCAGGAAAAAAGGACUUAAAAGUAAGGCAGCAACUGAAAAUUUAAACCUUUCCUGUGAAGAAGCUGACCAAGGUGAAAUUAGGGUAUCUGACACAUGGACAGGGCAACCAAGUUCAAGAAGUCCUUCUCAGAAAAUUCUCUCAUUAACUGAGGUCAUCUAUCCCACCAGACCUGCUAAGGAUAAUGACUUGACUAGUAAGUCAGUUAUCCAGCCAUCUGGUGGAAGAAAUAGAGGAAAAAGAAAAUCAAUAUGCACCCCACUCUUCGAUGAUCAUGAACUUACUUUGCCAGCUUCUGGCACAAGGGGUGUUACCAGAUCCAAGGAAGAAGUCACCUUGCUCAAAGAUCUAAAUGAAAAAGAAAUUCAUGGGAAGGAAAGUCGUUGUCAAAAAGAGAACUCUCUUGCUUCCAAAGAUAAGGCUUAUUAUUUAGCUUCGGAUCACUGUGCUUUCAGUCCUCCAUUUCCUAAGGAUGAAAUGCUAAGUUUAAAGCAUCUUUCAUCUUUUUUCAACAUCACAGACUUUGAGUUACCUGAUGAUGACUUUGGACCUCUUAAGCUCCAAAAACUGAAGUCCUACUCUGAAAAAAUGAUUGAGUCUUUUGAAUCGAAAAUGUGUGCAGAAAGGUAUCUUAAAGAGGGAAGUUGUACUGUUUUGGAGGAACUGAUUCUUAAACAGAUAGAUACAGAAAAGGAAGUCUUGGAAAAGGAGCCCAUUGUUUUACCAGGGAAAGCACAUCCUAAAAUGCCACACCUGGAAAGCCAGUCCAGCAAGGGGCUCUCUUCAUCCAUAUUACUUUUCACUCCUUUAAACACUGUUGGACCUGAUGAUAAUGACAGACCUACGGCAGACAUGUGUUCACCUGCCUUCCCCAUCUUAGGCAUUACUCCAGCUUUUAACUCCCAAGCACGCUAUGAAAAUGUGUCUGCAGAGGUUGUUGGACGUGCUUGCUAUACUCCCCAACUGUCUCACUUGAAAGACACAGUCAGUAUCGCUAGUGAUAAUAAACCAUGCAACAGUUCCAUCAGUCCCUCAAAAUUGGAUACCAGCCUCCAUGUGUCAGAUAGAACGGGACAACCAGACCGUGACUCGGGCUCCCAAGCUGCACCUCUACCCAUGGAGUCAUUCACUGCCAAAGGAAAUCAGCUACGUGGAAGUACACGCCUGGAGCCGUGUAACGAUUCAUUUGAACAGGCUGAAAUAUCAGACCUUCCGACUUGGGAUAGCCUAAACCCAGGCAGCCUACACUUGGUUUCAAAGUUAAAGAAUCCUUCAGGAUCCUGUUCCGUGGAUGUGAGUACCAUGUGGUGGGCAACGGCUGGUUAUAAAGAGCCCUGCAUCGUAACUGCUUGUGAAUAUGUAGUUUCUCUUUGGAAGCCUAUGGAUACUUGGCAGUGGAAAAAAGUUUAUACCUGGCACUUCACAGAGGUUCCAGUAUUACAAAUAGUUUCAGUGCCUGAUGUUUGUAAUCUUGUGUGUGUGGCUUUGGGAAAUUUGGAAAUAAGAGAAAUCAGGGCAUUAGUUUGUUCCUCUAAUGACAGAGGCGAAAAGCAGUUGCUACUGAAAUCCGGAAAUAUCAAAGCUGUUCUUGGCCUGACGAAGAGGAGGCUGGUCAGCAGCAGUGGGACCCUUUGUGAUCAACAAGUAGAAAUCAUGACAUUUGGAGAAGAUGGAGGAAGCAAAGAAAAACAGUUUUUGAUGCCCCCUGAAGAGACCAUACUGACUUUUGCAGAGGUCCAAGGAAUGCAAGAAGCUCUGCUUGGUACCACCAUAAUGAACAACGUUGUUAUUUGUUUUUUAUACAUAGUACCUGGCCCAUAGAAAAUUCUGUAAGUAUUGAUUGCACAAAUAAGACAUGUGGACCAGACUGUAGGGAAUCAGGAGAGGAGAUGACUGUGGACUGGUGUAGACAGGGAGGAGAGAGAAUAGUAAUUGAGCUCAUACAACUGGGAGGAAAGUAGGGCAUAAUCUAGGCCUUAAAUAAUAGGCAGUGUAUUUGGGAGGGGGUAGCUUGAACAAGAGGGAGCCCUGGUGGCGCACUGGUCAAGUGGUAAACUACUAACCGAAAGGUGGGUGGUUUGAACCCACCCUGCUCCGCGGGAGAAAGUUGUGGCAGUCAGCUUCCGUAAAGAUUUACAGCCUUGGAAACUCUAUGGGGCAGUUCUGUUCUGUCCUGUAGGGUCUCUAGGAACCAGGAAUAUACAUAUGUUCUACGGGUAGUUAGAAGAUUUUAGGUAAGAGAGCAGUGAGUAAUAGUGUCGAAAUAUUGACAGCACUAGAUUCAUUAAAGUUAUAAAUACCGUGAAAAAGAACUUGGACUUUAUCUGUGGUGAAUGUGGAGCCACUGAAAGUUUUUAUAUCAGUAGAGUGACAUGAUAAAUCAGUUGCCAAUGUCACAAAUCCUUGAUAAAGCUAAAGAGUGGGUCCCAUAAACUUUCUUGUUUUCUUCUCCCCUUUUUUAUUUCUUCAUUUUAUUUUCAGAGAAAGUUUACACAGCAAAUUAGGUUCCCAUUUGACAAUUUCUGCAAAGAUUUUUUUCAGUGACAUUAGUGACAUUUUUCAUGUGUCAGUGUUCUCUUUAAUUGCAUUCUGUUUCGUUCUGUUUCCAGUACUCUGUUCUUCUUUAUAUUUACCCUGUUCUCUUCUGUCUUUUUCCAUUUUUUCCCCAUCUCAUUGUUCCCUUCUCUCCAGUAUUUUGGUCUAGUGCUUGUAUAAACAUAGAGACACAAGUAUAAGUAUUUUAGGUUUAGUCUCUCACCGAACCGAAUUUGGUUUCCUGGUCUUUGUCUUUUAAUUAAAACAGGCAUAAUAAGUGUCACAAAAUCAUACCAUGUGCCUUGUUUCAAUAUCAAGUAAAACAGGGUAAAGGAAAACAUCAAAUUUGGAGAGAUUUAUCCCUGGCAUGACAGAUUUAAUCUAAGACUAAAUUACCAAACUAAACUAUUGGCAAAUUCUAUGUUUAACCAGAUCAGUGACUAAACAAAACUAAGAUACUGUGUCCUUAGUUUUUCCCUUCAUCACUCCUUAAAGGAUGCUGUGAUAAAUACAAGAUUAUUGUGUGGAAAUCAGUUUGCUGGAAUAAUGUUAUCA